AUGCCUUCAGGUGGAGAAUCGUCAUCCAGUGCUGCUGAGACUAAACCCUCAGAGACAACAGCCACCAGUAACAUUCGUCUCAAGUUUGAUGGACUUCCUAAACUACAAGGACAAUCCAACUACCAAACUCGAGCGAGUGCCUGGAGGAUAACGUUCGACGCUGUAGAUUGGUGGGAAGCGUUGAGCAUCGAGAACCCAGACGAGAAUGACACCGAACUCAGCAAAACCGAGAUAAAGAAGGCUCGUAAACAAAUGCACAGCCUUCUCAUCUCUGCUGUAUGCGAAGAAAUACAACCAACAGUCGUCUCCGCCGAAAAUGCAUUCUACGCAUGGAAGGCGCUCAAAGAUCUCUACGAUCGUGUAUCACCCAACAUCACGAUCACCCUCCUCAGCCGCGUCCUAGACACGAAGAUGCAAGAAGGCGGAUCACUGACCGAGCAUCUCGCGACCUUCGAUGCGAACUGGAAUACUCUCAAGUCCAGAUGCCAAAGCGCAGACCACAAACUCACUCAGGCUCUCCUACCCCUCACCAAAUCCAACGAAGCCAUGGCAGCAUUCCUCCUAAGCUCGCUACCCAAAUCAGUGAGCAACGUUGUAGACAACAUCCAGACCAAACAGGAUGUCACCUAUGAAGACGUACGCCAACGACUACAGAACCUGGAUGAGGAAUGCACCUGGUGCAAGAAAAGGGGACAGCCUUACAAAGGCCACGAGUACACGGAGUGCAGAAAGCUCAAAGAACAGAACAAGAACAGGAAGGGAAAGAGAAAGGACAACUCGGCAUCGGUUGUAGUAAAUGACUCUACCACCACUAUCUGUAUGGUACGCCACAACCUCUCCCAACCCCUUACUUGGAUCCUUGAUUCUGGAGCAACCUCUCACGUCACACCCUUUCAAGACCAACUCAUCGACAUCCGACCUCACACCGGCAAUGUCCGAACAGUUGAUGGAACCAACCACACUGUCACCGGAAUGGGAAGCGCUAGUUUCAGCUGCCGCCUUCCCGAUGGAAGCAGAUCUUCCAUACUCCUCACCGAUGUGCUGUUGGUCCCAAUCUUGGGAAAUGUGGGAUUGGUCUCCGAAACCGUGCUCGACAAAAAGGGAUUUAGAAUGGAGUCAGGAGGAGGAAGCAAGUUGGUUACAAAAGAAAAGAAAGGAAUAAUUUGGGCAAAAUUGGAGAAGGGACUUUGGAAUGUACAAGUAGUUAGCAAUACAGUUCGUUUGACCACUUACGAUGAAUGGCAUCAAGCGUUAGGCCACCCUGCGACACUAGAAAACUUGUAUCACGACAUUCAAAGGCAGCCUCCCAAACCAGAAACUCUAUCUGGAAAGUUCAGUAUACAGUCACAAGAGAAAGCUCAGUACUAUAUGUCCUUCAUCGAUGAUUACACCCGCUUCGCAUGGAUAUAUCUCCUGAAACAGAAAGAAGACGCAAAGAAUGCCAUCAAGGACUACGUUACCAGAAUCGAGAAACAGUAUAGUACAACAAUACUGAGAUUCAGAACGGAUGGUGGCGGUGAAUACAUCAAUAAGGACAUAACGAACUACUUCGAGACACAAGGAAUAGUUCAUGAACAGACUCCCCCAUACACUCCCGAAUCUAAUGGAGUUGCAGAACGAUUCAACAGGACGGUAACCACAAUGGUCAGGUGCAUGAUCAUGGACCAUCCUAAGUCGUUAUGGGGAGAAGUAUACGCAACAGCUGUCUACCACAAAAACAGGCUACCUCACAGUACGCUUAAGGGAAAGACUCCCUUUGAAGCCCUGAAAGGAACCAAGCCAAGUAUACAACACCUUCAACCAUUCGGCAAAAAAUGCUACGUCCACAUCCCAGAAAACUCUAGGCCAGCAGGAAGCAAACUAGCACCCCGAGCGUAUGAAGGAAUCAUAGUUGGAUACUCAGACAGUAAUAAAAUAUACCGUAUCUGGAUAGGAACACAACAUAGGGUAAUUGAAAGUUGGGACGUCACAUUCCCCCCUCCUGAAUCAGGGGAAGUCUCAGUGGAACUCGACUUCAUCCCCAGCCUCAAACCAGAGACGGCAAAUGCACCAUCAGACGACGGAUACGAAUCAGAAGACAGGUCUGAUCCAGAAUCCGAGUCGAAUGCAAUCGAAGAGAACCGUACAGAAAUGCCAGGAUUGUUCCCGGAAUCACCGGAACUGGUUAGAAAACCACCACCGGCUACACCACACAAGGGAAAAGAACCUGCCAUACCUAUGGGACAACCGCGAAACCCAAGAGAUAACUGGGAGACAAUUCCAGCACCAGUCGUACCAUUCAAAGACUUCAAAAGAAAACCACUUGAGUCAACGACACCCAAAGGUACACCACCACAACCUCCAAAAAGAUCAGAUCCACCACCAGCUCCAAGAUGA